AUGCAGAUCUCCACGCUCGCCACUUUUGCGGUUCUUACCACCGUUGCUUUCGCCAAGCUCCACAGCGCGGCUGUCUGCGUCAAGAGCAGAACGUACGGCAGCACUGGUAACGGAACUCCUUACGGCAUCACCUAUGGCUCCUACAAGGACUAUGAGAUCGACACUACCGGCACCCAGUGCGCCUGUGGCUACUACAAGAACCGCAACACCGGCAAUAAGCAGUGGGACAAGUGCCCUGACUGCACUUUCGAUGGCCUUCAGUGCACCUCUGGCGGCUGGCAUAUUGGUGGUGACGAGAUGACCUACUACUGCGAGAAGAAGUGUGGCUCCCAGGGAGCUGAGGCGAACUAA